UGGAAGCGAGACCCAGAGAAGGAGCGGGAAGCAGACCGCAGCCGCCGCCGCCGGGCCCUGCGCGCCCCGGGAGCGCAGCGCGGCCCUGCCCGCGGGCUCCGGGUGUCCGCGGGGCGGCGCCGCGGAACAUGACGGCGCCCUGGGCGGCCCUCGCCCUUCUCUGGGGAUCGCUCUGCGCCGGUUCCGGGCGCGGGGAGGCCGAGACUCGGGAGUGCAUCUACUACAACGCCAACUGGGAACUGGAGCGCACCAACCAGAGCGGCCUGGAGCGCUGCGAGGGCGAACAGGACAAGCGGCUGCACUGCUACGCCUCCUGGCGCAACAGCUCCGGUACCAUAGAGCUGGUGAAGAAGGGCUGUUGGCUGGAUGACUUUAAUUGCUACGACAGGCAGGAGUGUGUGGCCACCGAGGAGAACCCUCAGGUGUACUUCUGCUGCUGUGAAGGCAACUUCUGCAACGAGCGCUUCACUCAUUUGCCGGAGCCUGGGGGCCCAGAAGUCACGUACGAGCCACCCCCGACAGCCCCCACCCUGCUCACGGUGCUGGCCUAUUCGCUGCUGCCCAUUGGGGGCCUCUCUCUCAUCGUGCUGCUGGCCUUCUGGAUGUAUCGACAUCGCAAGCCUCCCUACGGCCACGUGGACAUCCAUGAGGUGCGAUGGUGCCAGCGAGGGGUGGGGCGGGGAGCAAGGAAGGGUGGCCUCGAAGACUCCUUUACACCCUUGUUCUCCCAGGACCCUGGGCCUCCACCUCCAUCCCCUCUGGUGGGCCUGAAGCCGCUCCAGCUGCUGGAGAUCAAGGCUCGAGGCCGCUUUGGCUGCGUUUGGAAGGCUCAGCUCAUGAAUGACUUUGUCGCUGUGAAGAUCUUCCCACUGCAGGACAAGCAGUCUUGGCAGAGCGAACGGGAGAUCUUCAGCACGCCCGGCAUGAGGCACGAGAACCUGUUGCAGUUCAUUGCCGCUGAGAAGCGAGGCUCCAGCCUGGAGGUGGAGCUGUGGCUGAUCACAGCCUUCCAUGACAAGGGCUCCCUCACGGAUUACCUCAAGGGGAAUAUCAUCACGUGGAAUGAACUGUGUCAUGUGGCAGAGACGAUGUCACGAGGCCUCUCGUACCUGCAUGAGGAUGUGCCCUGGUGCCGUGGCGAGGGCCACAAGCCGUCCAUCGCCCACAGGGACUUCAAAAGCAAGAAUGUACUGCUGAAGAGUGACCUCACCGCUGUGCUGGCUGACUUUGGCCUGGCAGUUCGGUUUGAGCCAGGGAAGCCUCCAGGGGACACCCAUGGACAGGUCGGCACCAGACGGUACAUGGCCCCCGAGGUGCUGGAGGGGGCCAUCAACUUCCAGAGGGACGCCUUCCUGCGCAUCGACAUGUAUGCCAUGGGGCUGGUGCUAUGGGAGCUGGUGUCUCGGUGCAAGGCUGCGGAUGGGCCUGUGGAUGAGUACAUGCUGCCCUUUGAGGAGGAGAUUGGACAACACCCUUCCCUGGAGGAGCUGCAGGAGGUGGUUGUCCACAAGAAGAUGAGGCCCACCAUUAAGGAUCACUGGCUGAAGCACCCGGGCCUGGCCCAGCUCUGUGUGACCAUUGAGGAGUGCUGGGACCACGAUGCAGAGGCUCGCCUUUCUGCGGGAUGCGUGGAGGAGCGGGUGUCCCUGAUCAGGAGGUCGGUCAACGGCACUACCUCGGACUGUCUAGUCUCUCUGGUGACCUCCGUCACCAACGUGGACCUGCUCCCUAAAGAGUCCAGCAUCUGAGCCCAGGACACAGUGUCUCUCCAGACUCAGUGGAUCUGAAGAAAAAAGGAAAAAAGUUGUGUUUUGUUUUGGAAACCCCAUAAAACCAACAAACACAUAAAAUGCAGCUGCU